UUCCGAGACUGGCUUCAAUUUCCAUUGUUUAUACUCAUUCAAAAUGUCUUCCCAGAAGGAUAUGCGUAGGGCGGACCUGAUUAUCCCCUAUCAGGAACCGGCCGCGAAGACCGACGCCCCCGAAUUCCAGUCGACUCUCUCGUCCACAUUGCCCAUGGCUGCUAUCUUCAUGCGCAACCGCUACAUUGGAUGGGCUGCUGUCGUCUUUGCCGUCCAGAGCUGGCUCGGCGAGAGCGAAGACACCAAGAAGAGCACCAGCACACCCGGAUACUUCUCCGUGGGCAUGUCGUUGAUGUCUCUCGCCGUCACCUACCUCCCGCUCUUCCUGCCUCCGCCACCGGGCAUGCAACAAGGCAGCGCCACCGACGCCGCUCCUCCCGUCCCUGCCUAAAGUGUCAGCUUCUCUGAUAACAGAGGGUCCUUUCGUAACGCUGAAGACAAACGAACAAUCUCGUCUUCUGGAACGAUAGUCUUCCCAACACCAAAAUCUUUAAACUUGGGCGAACUAUCUCCACGAGCGAUGCCACUGGAGAGCCUCAUACGCCGUUGAGAGACCCGGAACAUACGAAAAUUUUCUGUACACCAUAUGUAAUACCCGAUUAAUUCCGAAGAUGGUAAUGAUAUUAUUAACGACAAGAAAAGGGAGGAUGAGGCUCAGGUAAAGGGUGUCCAUUUUAUUCACAAAGACUGGAUCCCGGGGGUCAGAGGAUUAGAGGAGUACUCGGCUAAGUGCUCCAGUCUGAUAUUCGUCGCUUCCUAGCUUUGAUGAGUCGUACGACAGGCAUGGGCCAAGGCUGUUACGAUCUUUCGAUGAUAAUGAGCUAAACGCUGCAUUAAGUUCGUUCUUGGGUACGUUAAAUGGGUUGAAGAAAGGAUGAAGACGGCGUUUUUGCUGCUGGCUCAGGACACGGCCCAAAGGAUUACGUCCUGGUUAGCCCCCUUUCUAGAAGAUUUGGUCAGUACAAGUCAGUUGUACAUCACUAUCACUUACU